AUGGCCGGCAAGAGUUUGCGUUCUGUGGACUUUGAAGUAUUCGGGAAAGUUCAAGGUAUGCUCAAUUGUCCAUAGGGAUGCAUCUAGCUGGUUUCGAACUGCACCCUGCAUGAGGCUUGUUUACAAGAAAUCCAAAUAUCCUCUAAAAAAUUAAGUAUUGAAAGGCAGACUCAGUUACAGGACAUUGCAGUGUUGGAGGUUCAGUAAAUGUCAAGAGAAGUUUCUCUGAACUUCUCACUCAAUCGGCUCAUCAUUUAGCCUAUAGUUAAUUAGUUAUGGAAACAUGUGACUUGUUAGAGAAGUGGAGAGAUGGGGUGAAGAAUGAACUGGUACAUCUUUCUGAGAGUCAGAGAGGUCAAAAGGCCCGUAGGGGGAGGGUUUUGUCAUGUAUAGGAUAUGUAGAUGUGCGGCUGUCUGUGAUAUGGCAUAGAAAUCAGAUCAGAGAGAUUGGGCCUAGAAUAGGGUAUCAUUUUCCAGGAAACUGAUCAGUUGGUUGAAGAUUUUAGUCUAGACAAGGGAACUUGGGAAUUGGCACUCAAAAAAUGAGUUUGACAAAAAAUCUUAAUUUACCCACAACUCGGUUUAAUAGCAAACAAACCCUUGACCUCAGUAAUUUCUGGAAAAUAGCGACUCUAGGAAAGGGAGAGAUUUUGGGAGUUUAGUCUAGCUUAGAGUAGCAAACUUCAGCUAAAUUAGGUCUGGUAUAGGCUAUAAGGUUUUCAGGGUCCCAGUGGCACAGGGGACGAGCUGGUUCUGGAUUACGACAAUCUAGCUGUGUCAUCACACAAUGCUCCUCACAAACGACUGCUAAGAACCAAUCACAUUCCUUUUGCCACAUAUAGCCAAUCAGAUUUCAGCUUCCAUUUUUCUGGAAGUGAUUUGCUUUAAGCUCACAGAAUGGUGACUCCUCCAAUCACAGCUUUGCUUUUAUUGUUGCUCCACUUGGGAAUGACAAAGCAAUCAAACUGGAGUGUCAAUAGCCUGUGUGCAGAUGUCUCCUAUUUUCUUUGUUGCUUUGUUUCCUUUUCCGUGAUCAGCUUAGGAGAUGGGAAUUCGCGUCUGCAUGCAGGCUAUGGAAUCAAAACACAAAAUGGUGGUGCUAGAGCCAGUAAUCGAUCUAGUGUUGUCUUUGCAGUCCUUUUCAAAAUUUAUGAGACAAAAUUAUGUACUGUAUUUACUUAUUUAAUAAUAUUUAUUUUCACAUAAUUUGGUUUUUACAUGUACAUGUACAUGAAAACAAGCAUUUUUGAUUAAUAAACCCCUGAAAUAAUGUAUUGCUGCCAUUCUAUUCCUUUACACAGGUGUCUUUUUUCGAAAGGUAAGGAUCCUUGUAGACACUGUUAAACAAUUAAGUUUUUACUUCUGCAAUGAAUUCAAUGUGAAUAAUUUGAGCUCAAGAGUUGAAUUAUAGGUACUAAGUGCACAAAAGAUUUAUACAGGUGUAUGUCAAAUACAUUGUAAUGUCAAAAUGUGUUUGUCCAGGAAAUAAUCCAAUUCAUGACACUUGAUUCACUUCAUCUUUCCCACACAUCACAGAAAAGAAUGCUAUGCAUGCUUGGAACAGCCCUCUUUUACUUUAAAACUUGUCUUUCAUAAAAAAAUACCAUUUUGUCCACAGUUGUUAAAGACAUUUACAUUAAUCAUUAAUCAAUUUGUACAUUACUACCUACAGUCUAACCUCAGCAAUAUUAUUAAUGCUUUCAUAGCCUCCCGUGCAGACGUUCCUUUGGCUUGUCACACAAUCCUCUGACAAGUUCCUAAGAACAUCUGCUUGGGAGGCUAAUGCGUUCCCAGCUAAAAUCAUGGUGAAAAUGCACAAGAUGUCUGACCUAUUCCUUUAUGGAUGUAAAUUAAUUUGUUUGUGCUAAUUUUUUGUGCUAAUGUUGCUUCAGCACACUCGGAUUAAUGCAGGCAAGCAUUCCCUGGUUGGCUGGGUGAUGAACACACAACACAACACUGUGGUCGGACAAUUGCAAGGAGACACAGGAAAAGUUUCUCUUAUGUAAGACUUUCUUAUUUUGCUGUUUGAUAGACAAUGUUUAUUUCGACUAUGACAAUAGUUAGAACAAAAAGAUUGAUUAAGGUUGUUGAAUAAUGUUGAUCAAUGACAGGGCUAAUAUUGGGCAAGCAGCUGCAAAUAUCACAUUUUGAUUGCCCAGUGUCACUUUUUGCUCCUCUUAGGUAAUGAUUUUAUUGGAGGAUGACUUGCCUGUACCCUUUCUUGCCUUUCUUGAAUUUUUUUUUAACCCUGCAAUAUGAUAAUCAGCAAUAAUGAUGGUAAAAAAAGAUAAAGAGGUUAUUGAUUAGGAUACUGUUUGCAGUGGCUAAUCGACCCUUUUCUCAGGUUAAACUGAGUCUCACGGGCCCCAUAAAAUAUACCGUAAAACUCCGAAAAUAAGCCCCUCCAUGUACAAGCCCCUCCAAACCGGUAACGCAAACAACCUUCCAUUAAAUAGCUCCUCCAAAUAUAAGCCCCCCAGGGGCUUGUACUUGGAAAAUUGCCCUCAAAUACAUAGUAAAACAAAGCAAAAACGGUAAAUUCACUUCUAAUUAUAAGGCUAGCCCAAUCGAUUUUGAAAUGCAAAUUUCCGUCCGUAGAUAAGCCCCUCCAAAAAUAAACCCCUCAAAAAGGGCCUUUGAAAAAUAUAAGCCCCGGGGCUUAUUUUCGGAAUUUUACGGUAUUUGGAGAGCUACCUCUCCCUCUCUGAAUAAGCACCUGCAGCCCCCACCCCUCCAGGUCUGCAGAGUCGUCACUAAGAUUUUAAGUUGCCAGGAAAAUACAAGAAGUAGACGGGGAAUCAAACAGCUAGGGGUUUCUUUUGGUUCUAUUUUCUUCCACACUUUUCCUUUGAAAGUAGUCGGGGGCCACAUUCUUAGUAGGCGGGAAAAAUCCCCGGCCCCCAACUCUUAAUGACAGCCCUGGGUCUGGGUCUGCCAGAAUGGUUCAGAUGUUUAUUAGGCUGGAAAUAAUGAUGAUGACAAUGAUGUUAAUGAUGGUGACGAUGAUGUUAAUGAUGGUGAUGAUGAUGUUAAUGAUGGUGAUGAUGAAGACAGUGAUGACUUCGUUGAUGAUAAUGACAACAAUGAUGAUGAACUUUGAAUGCUUGUUUUCUUGCAAAGUGAGGUUUCAAAGUUUUGGCUCCGUUUUGCAAUUUGGCAAUUUCAUAAGUGAAUGUUUUUUGUUGUUGUUGUAAUUAACAAGUGUUUGGUUGUUUCAUGUUUGUUUUCAAGGAAGAGAUGGUUAAAAGAAACUGGAAGCCCAAAGUCCAGAAUUGACAGGUGUGAAUUUAAAAAUGAAAGAACAAUCACCAAACUGGAGUUCAGUGAUUUUGCCAUCCGAAAAUAA